AUGUUUUGUAAUUAUUUGCCUUUUAACUCAAAAAUAGAACAUGCAGUCGGUCGAGACACUGCAUUGAAACAUAAUAUUUUAGAGUUUUUUGAGCCACUUCUAGAUUUACAACAACCUGAUAUUAUCAGAUUAAAUGUACACCGAGCUAUUGAACUUUUAACCACAAAUUUAUCAGGUGUCCAGGCAAUUAUUGAAGCAAAAUAUAUUAAUUUAUUAGUUAAAUGUGUUGAAAAGGAAGUGGAUGAAAUCAAAAUUAUUGUAUUGGACACUUUAUAUCACUGCUUCAGUUUUGAAACUGAAGAAGGUUUAAAUGCCGGUGGGAUACCAUUGUUUACUAAACUUCUCACUCAUUCAAAUCCGGAAAUAAGAACACGUGCAGCUCAAAAUAUUUUACGUUUAUGUGUAAAUCAAAGAGGUAAACAAGAAGCGUUAGAUUAUGAAACCAUUCCAGCAUUAGUUGGUUUGUUAAAUGAUCAACAUGAAGAUGUAAGGGCAUUUUCUGCUGGAGCAUUAGGUUUUAUAUGUACAACAAAUCAUGGUCGUUAUACUACUUUAAAUGCUGGUGCUAUUCCUUUACUACUAAAUCUGGUUGAUGAUCAAUGUAGUCGAGUACGAGUGAAUACUUUGAAGGUUUUAACUUGUUUAUGUGAAACACCUGAAGGUCGAAGAAUUCUAUUGGAUCAUUUGGAUAAAAUCUCUUCACAUGUAAAUGAUUCAAAUGCUUCUGUAGCAAAACAUGCAAACAUUGCUGUGUCGGUUAUCACUUGGAGUCCUUAA